AUGGGCAAGCGAUUCACACGGGAGGAAGAUGAGGUUGUGAAAGGUGCUGUUAUGAAGUACAUAGAGGAACAUGAGUUAGGAGAUGAAGGUUUGCAAAUGAUCUUGAACUCUGGCAAGCACCAUGAAGUGAAAGGUUGCUGGAAAGAAAUAGCGUCUUCCAUACCAUACAGGCCGCGUAGUGCGAUCUUUUAUCGCGCUCGGAUUUUAUUUAUGAGGUCUAAGAGCCGGAAAUGGACUCAAGAAGAGUAUGACAUGAUAUUGAAAUACCAGGAAGAGCAUGGUAACAAGUGGAGGGCGUUGGCAGAUGAACUUGGUAAACAUGCAUGGCAUGUCAAGGAUACUUGGCGCAGGAUAAAGGUACGUAGGAAGAAAGGAAAUUGGUCACAAGAAGAGUAUCAGAGAUUAUUUGAUCUGGUGAAUACUGAUCUACAAUUGAAACUUUCUGAAGAGAAGAAGUCCAAGCAUGGAAUGUUGCGGGACAAUAUCUGUUGGAGUGCAAUUAGUGAUGAGUUAUCCACUCGACCUCAUUCAACCUGCUGUCUAAAGUGGUACAAUCAAUUAACAUCACCUAUGGUAGCUCAAGGUGUAUGGGCCGAUUCAGAUGACUAUCGUCUGCUUAGUGCACUUUAUCGAUUGGAUGCAAAUUGUGUGGAAGAUGUCGACUGGGAUGAUCUUAUUGAUACCAGAGCUGGAGAUGUAUGUCGGAAGCGUUGGAACCAGAUGGUUCUACAUAUAGGUUCCAAUGGAAAUAAAUCAUUUGCUGAACAAGUUGAAGUAUUGGCUCAAAGAUACUGCCUGCAUCUUCUUGAAGCAAGAGCUACCUGGGAUAGCAAACCAAGGGUUCCUUGA